UCAAGAUUAAGCAGCUCUCUGAUCCCGGUGGCCACUCACUUGUUUCUCUCUGCUUGUUUCUCUCUGUAUAUAGUAUAUAGUAUAUAGUUAUAUAGAUCAGUGAAAUAAAUUCUACGAUAUUUUAAUAUUAUGAUGUGAUAUAUGCAAAAAUUUUUAUAAAAAGAAUUGCGUGACAAGGAUAUAUUUGGGAACUAUAGAGAGGAUUGUCAGAAUGAUUGAGCACAAUUUUCCACUGAAAAACGAUCGUGUCUUAAGAGCGACACGCGGAGAACCAGUCGACAGAGUUCCGAUUUGGGUCAUGAGACAGGCCGGCAGGUAUCUUCCGGAGUUUCAGGAAGUCCGGGCCCAGAACGACUUCUUCGCCGUCUGCCAAACCCCGGAACUGGCCUGCCAGGUGACUCUGCAGCCCAUAGAACGAUUCGAUCUGGACGCCAGUAUAAUAUUCUCGGACAUUCUGGUGAUCCCUCAGGCGAUGGGCUUGAAAGUCGAGAUGGUAGCAGGGAUAGGUCCAGUCUUGCCUCAACCCUUGGUGGAUCCUACUGAUCUGGUCAGACUUGCUCGACCAAAUGUAGAAGAGGCCCUAAAAUAUGUCAGAAAGGCUAUAACAUUGACUCGGCACAAGUUAGAUGGAAGAGUGCCGUUGAUAGGUUUUACUGGAGCACCUUGGACUUUGAUGGGUUACAUGAUACAAGGGGGAGGUAGCUCCACAAUGGCUAAAGCAAGGUCUUGGUUGUACAAGUAUCCAGAGGACUCUCACAAAUUGUUGCAGAUGAUUACAGAUGUUAUUGUGGAUUAUUUAGUGAUGCAAGUGAAAGCUGGUGCUCAGUUACUUCAAGUAUUUGAAAGCAAUGGUGACUAUUUGGAUGAUGCAUUGUUCACAAUUUAUUCUUUUAAAUAUCUGAAACAAAUAAGUGAACGUGUACGAAAACAAUUGAAGGAAGAAAAUAUUCCGGAAGUGCCUAUGAUUGCUUUCCCGAAAGGAGCGACCAUGAAUUCUUUAAAAAUCCUCGCUAAGGAUAAAAGUUACGAAGUUAUAGGCCUUGAUUGGACAGUAGAUCCUGUUGAAGCCAGAAACCAGCUUGGGCCUGACGUAACAUUACAAGGUAAUAUGGAUCCUUGCGCAAUGUAUUCUUCCCAGGAUGAAAUUAUUGAUCGUGCACACAAAAUGGUGUCAAAUUUUGGUAAAACUCGAUAUAUUGCUAAUUUGGGUCAUGGUAUUUUACCAGAUACUCCCAUUUCAUCCAUGGAAGCUUUUAUCAAAGGUGUACAUUCUGCAUAAGUACAAUAUAUUUUUUACAAUACAAAUUUAUUACAUGCAUUAUGCAUUUAUA